AUGAACCGCCUAUUUGGCUCCAAGAGCACGGCUCCCAAGCCGACGCUCGACGGCGCGAUCUCCAAGGUCGACGACCGCGUAUCCAACAUCGACGUCAAACUCGCCGCCCUAAACUCCGAACUCUCCACCUACCAAGCCAAGCUCUCCAAAAUGCGCGACGGACCCGGCAAAAACGCCCUCCGCCAAAAGGCCCUCAAAAUCCUCCAACGGCGAAAACAAUACGAGGCCCAGCGCGACCAGCUCUCCCAACAAUCCUGGAACAUGGAGCAAGCCGGCAUGAUGCAGGAUAAUCUAAAAGAACUCGACGCAAUGAAGACCACAACCAAGGAACUGAAGAAACAAUAUGGAAAAGUCGACAUCGAUAAAAUCGAGCAGAUGCAGGACGAGAUGGCCGAUCUGAUGGAAGUCGGAAAUGAGAUUCAGGAGAGUAUCUCGCGGGCCUAUGAUUUGCCCGAGGAGGUGGAUGAGGCGGAUCUGGAUGCGGAACUCGAGGCUCUCGGCGAAGAAUCGAUGUUCGACUCGGCUAUUGGGGAAGAUGCUGUGCCGAGUUUCUUACAGGAUGAGGUUGCUCCGCCACAGUUUAUCGAUGAGCCACCUGAACAGGCGAAGGUUAAAGAGGCUGCGGGCGGUCUUGGAUAA